CGCCUCUUCGCGGUAGGAGCGUAAUGAGUGAGAUUAAGCCGCGGCCGUGAUUAGCGGGGGAUAUAAGCGCGCGCGCGCCGGGAGUCGGCGACCAUGGCGGGCGCGGCGCUGCUGGUGCUGGCGGGGCUGCUGCUGCGGACGCGCGCCGACCUCGGCGUCAUGACCGACCUCACGCUCGGCUUCGGCCAGGCGCUGGACCAUUGCAGGGAGGAGUCUGGCCUGACGCAAGAGAAGAUGGAGGAGUUCUUCCACUUCUGGAGCGAGGACUUUAAGCUGGAGGCGCGCGAGCUGGGCUGCGCGCUGCGCUGCAUGAGCGCGCACUUCAACCUCAUCACCGACGUCAACAGCAUGCACCACGCCAACGCCGAGAAGUUCGUCAAGAGCUUCCCCAAUGGUGAAGUGCUAGCGGAGCAGCUGAUCGGGUUCCUGCACGAGUGCGAGCGGCGGCACCACGCCGAGGCGGACGCGUGCUUCCGCGUGCUGCACAUGGCGGCGUGCUUCCGCGACGCCUGCCGCCACGCGCGCCUCGCGCCCACCAUGGAAAUGCUGCUCGCCGAGUUCAUCAUGCAGGCGGAGACCUAGCCUCAGCUCGCGCCAAUCUCAGUCUGAACCUCUACCACGAAAAACUUUCGACUUCGAAUCGUCUGCGUAUUCGAAUCGCCAUCAAAAGAUUUGGUAUGAAAACAUAACGCCGCUAAAGUGACAAAGUUCAGGCUGAUUUUUCAAUCAUCGAAUAACUUUUUAUUGAAGAAUAACUUUGGCACAUUACAGUUUCAGUAUGAAACAAGUCAAAAUGAUAAGUUUAUUCUUCAGUUAAAAUAUAUCUGACGAUUGAAAAAUCUCAUAAAAUGCACGAAACUAUUUCUGACGUUGAAUUCGAAGGUUGGGUAUCGAAUUUUGUCGAAUACGCAAACGAUUCGAAGACAAAAGUUGUUCGUGCUAGAGGUACUGGACCCGCAUAUCAGCGUCCCUACUCUUCAUAAGGAUAUCUUAUUUUCUGAUGUAACCGUCGCUCUUAAAUAUGCCAACGUCACAAGAUUGCUGAGGGAGACAACUUGAAAUCAUUUUGCAAAGUAACCGCACAAUUACAAAUAUUCCUUCUGUCCCCAAGUGAUCAUCAGUAUAUAGUUUACUGUGGAAUCACUAUGUUCACUCUAUUUAAUUGCAUUUUUUUUGUUUCUGACUGAAUUCCAGUUACUACACUGCGGUUGACUUGUCAAGUAUCAGCAGAUUAUACAAUGCCCGGGCGAUUAAAAUCACUUUUUAAUGAGUCCUAUUUAAUUGAGUAGGUACUAUAAACAGCACAAAUUAUUUGUAGCUGUCUUCUUUAUCAUGUUGUCUCUCUUCUCUAUCAAAACUCGUAUGUCUUUGACUAAAAACUAAAAUAAGUAGCACUUGCGACUAUUGAGAGCCUAGAUUUAGUUACUACAUACUUAUUUGUGAUUACUACUUACUUACUUAUUAUUAUAACCUAAUUAUAUUAUUAAAGUUACGAUGCAAACGGCGAACUGGCUUCCCAAAAGGACUCUAUUUAAUAGUUAAUAUGAAUUUAAGAUAAGAUUUCUCAAGGUGUGGUAAUAAUUCAAUUCAAUUAAAUGUUUAACUUUGAAUUAAAUGUUUAAUCAAUCAUU